AUGGGUUUAUUGUCGGUAGGCACUCCGCUGCCAUGGACAGAGGUUGCGAAGCAUGUAGAGCAUGUGCGGGAGCACGGGGUAGAGCAGCUUAUUGCUACUUACAAUAAAUACAAAGACCGCAAGGGCGACUGCUUGAAAUGGGGCGACGAGGUCGAGUAUAUGGUGGUAAAGCUUGACCAAACUAGAAACGAGGCCAAACUAACUCUCCGUCAGGACGAAAUUUUGGACGCUUUGAUCGAAGCGAAGAAAAGGGGUGAAUUAAAAAAAUUGAACGUGUCAUUCCACCAAGAGUACGGACGGUACAUGCUCGAGGCUACUCCUGAUGCACCCUACACAGGUGAGUUUUCAGACUUGGUGAAAGUUGAAAAAAAUAUGGAGGUUCGUCGCGAAACAGCCCGCAAAUACAUGCAGGACCAGGAAUACCCCCUGACGAUCACAGUGUAUCCUUUAAUGGGAGUUGGAAAGUUUGCUGAGCCCUAUGAACCACCUUCUGGUAACACAGCAAGAUCAUUUUUCCUACCUGACAACAUCAUCAACACUCAUGCACGUUUCCCUACAUUAACAGCUAAUAUCAGGUCUCGUCGCGGUAGUAAGGUUGCCAUCAAUGUGCCACUUUACAAGGAUAAAGAUACACCUUGGCCGUUUCAUGAUCCUACCAUCCCAUGGGAUCGCGACGUUUAUCCUGAGGAUGCUAAUGCUCGUGAGUAUGCUGCGAAGGACAACCAUAUCUACAUGGACGCUAUGGGAUUUGGCAUGGGCUGCUGCUGUGUCCAACUCACUUUCCAAGCCACAGAUAUCCAGGAAGCUACUUACCUUUACGAUCAGCUCAAUCCCUUGGCUCCUAUCAUGCUGGCUCUGUCUGCAGCUGCCCCGAUAUACCGCGGUUAUUUGAGCGACCAGGAUGUCCGAUGGAAUGUGAUUUCUGCUGCUGUUGACGAUAGAACCCCUGCCGAGCGAGGCCUCGCGGAGCCAGACUAUAAGAACCCCACCACCAACGACAAUUCCUCUCCUGUGAUUCCAAAGUCUCGCUACCAUUCAACAGACUCUUACUUAGACAACAAUGAGAUUCUUUUGAAGAACCAAGAGUUCUACAACGACCUACCUCUGGUUAUCAACAAAAAGGUGGAAAAGCGAAUUGCUGAAGCCGGCCUGCCCCCUAUGCUAGUGAAGCAUUUUAGUCACUUGUACAUUCGGGAUCCCCUUGUUAUUUUUGAAGAAUUGCUCGAUCAAGAUGACAGUGUGUCAACCGAUCACUUUGAAAAUAUUCAGUCUACAAAUUGGCAAACUCUCCGUUUCAAACCUCCGCCUAACGAUGACAUUGGCUGGCGCGUGGAAUUCCGCAGUAUGGAUGCCCAAAUAACUGACUUUGAAAACGCUGCUUUCUCAGUAUUUAUUGUGCUUGUCACUCGGGUGAUCUUGAGCUACCAGUUGACAAACUACCUGCCAAUGUCUCUCAUUGACGCCAACAUGGAGUUCGCCCACAAGAGAGAUGCCGUUCGUACCGAAAAGUUUUGGAUUAGAACUAAUGUUAUGACCCAGACCCCAGAAUCGGAUCCUGGAAUCAAGCAGCUUACAUUGAACGAGAUCAUUAACGGAUCACCCGAGUUCAUUGGUUUCGUGCCUCUGGUUCGUCAGUACCUUGCUACUAUGAAUGCGGAUAUGGGCAUUCUCUGCGAGCUCGACGAUUAUUUGACUCUCGUUUCCAAACGGGCUAGUGGAGAACUCCAGUCCGCUGCUUCUUGGAUCCGGGAAUUCGUCGACAAGCAUCCCGACUACAAGCAUGAUUCGGUGAUCUCCGAAAAAAUCAACUACGAUCUGCUCGACACAAUUGAAAAAAUCACUCAAGGUGAAUGGUCAUUGGCCCCCAACAUGCUUCCUAAAAAGAAAUAG